AUGCGGGAACAAUUUUAUCCCUAUUCUCUGCAACUGCAAAUGGAAUCGGAAUUUAUCAAAUUGAGUCAAGGAAAGAAGAAUGUUCUGGAAUAUGCAGUGAAAUUUAAUGAGCUUGCUCGAUUUGCCCCUGACCUGGUGACUACUGAUAGGCAAAGGAUGAAUCGAUUUGAAGGAGGAUUAAACAUUGAGAUCCGUGAUCGUCUCUCGAGUUCUAGAAUUUCCACAUUCCAAGAGUUGUAUGAUCGAGCAAUUAACGUCGAAAGAAUUAUCAAGCUUCGAGAAGAAACAUAUGGAAAACGAAAAGGGAGCUUCGAAGAAAAUCAAUCGAACAAUAAGAAACAAAAUGUCAAUGUCAGCUAUCAAGGAGGGAAUAACGGAAACCAAAACUUUAACAAGAAUAGUGGAUGCGCCAAGUGUGGAAGAUGGAACCAUACUGAGAAAGAAUGUCGAAUUGGUACGCGAGAUUGUUUCAAAUGUGGUAGCAAAGAUCACCAAAUCAGAGAUUGUCCGCAAAUACAUCGAGAGCAAGGUGAUAGGAGAAACGAUGUGAACAAAGGAAAUGGUGGCACUACAAAUUUCAACCGUAAUCCCCCACGUGGACCAACUUCGAAUGGAAGAGUGUUUUUAAUGCAGGGAAAAGACGAUGAUGCAAAUGACAAUGACGAAUUCGCUAGUAUGGAGUGA